UACAUCGUCUUUUGUGGUAUAAUUUGGGAUGUAAGAGAAGGCCACACUGUUUCGUUCUUUUCGCUAGCAAUUUCCGGCGAGCGGUGAUACAAGUUUUCAUCGAGCAUUAAAAUGGGUUUCGUUAAGGUAGUCAAGAACAAGCAGUACUUCAAGAGGUACCAAGUCAAGUUCCGCAGGCGUCGCGAGGGCAAGACUGAUUAUUACGCCAGGAAGCGCCUAACCUUUCAGGACAAGAACAAGUACAAUACUCCGAAGUACCGUUUGAUUGUACGUCUCUCCAACAAGGACAUCACCGUGCAGAUUGCUUACGCUCGCAUCGAAGGUGAUCGCGUUGUCUGCGCGGCUUAUUCACAUGAGCUGCCCAAGUACGGGAUUAAGGUCGGAUUAACCAACUAUGCGGCAGCAUAUUGCACCGGCCUGCUGGUCGCCCGUCGCGUGCUCAACAAGUUGGGCCUAGACUCGCUUUACGCAGGAUGCACAGAUGUUACUGGCGAGGAGUUCAACGUUGAGCCCGUGGACGACGGACCGGGUGCUUUCCGGUGCUUUUUGGACGUUGGACUGGCACGCACAACAACCGGAGCUCGUGUUUUCGGUGCCAUGAAGGGGGCUGUUGAUGGUGGCUUAAACAUUCCCCACUCGGUAAAGCGUUUUCCCGGCUACUCGGCGGAGACAAAGAGCUUCAAUGCCGAUGUGCAUCGCGCGCAUAUCUUUGGUCAGCAUGUCGCGGACUAUAUGCGCACUUUAGAAGAGGAAGAUGAGGAAAGCUUUAAGCGCCAAUUCAGCCGUUACAUCAAGUUGGGCAUACGUGCUGAUGAUCUUGAGGAUAUCUACAAAAAAGCCCACCAAGCAAUUCGUAACGACCCCACCCACAAGGUCACCGCUAAGAAAUCUGGCGUUACGAAGAAGAGGUGGAACGCUAAGAAACUCACAAUUGAGCAGCGCAAGACUAAAAUUGCAGCUCACAAGGCAGCAUAUGUGGCCAAGCUCCAGUCUGAGACUGAGGCCUAAAAGCUAUGGUCAUUUAUGGCAGCCUAAUAUGGUGUGAAAAUAAAAAGUUGUAAUGACAUAAUCGCCAAAAUAA